AUGUUGACGAAUUUGUUGAAAGAUCCGACGAGUUUAUUGAAAAAUCCCGAGUUGUUGACAUCAGUUCUGCAAAUGGCUGUGCCCGGGUUACAAAGUGUGGCCGCACUAACGGACGUUUUGAAAAAAGUACCAUUUUUAAAGGAUUUACCAUUGAUGCAAGAUCUAUCAAGUAUAAUCGAGAACCCGGGAAAGCUUCUAACGGAUCCGAAAGCUCUCACGGGACUUCUGAAGACCGUGCCUGGACUUGAGUCGUUAGCAAAUCUGCCCGAUUUGCUUGGUGGCUUAGGGAAAUUGCCGGGAAUCUCGGAACUUGGAAAUCUUUUCAAAAAGAUCGGAGAAAAUGAAGACGCGAAACACUGCGAAGAAGGUUGGAAAUACGCGCGCGAGACGACGUUUUGCUAUUUUUACAAGGAAAGCGACGAGAAGUUGUUCUUCUCAGCCGCUGAAAGCGAAUGCCAGGGAAAACAAUCGCAUUUGGCGUCAGUACACUCGGAAGAGGAAAUGAAGUUUCUCCAAGACCUGGCCAAAACGAAAAAUUGUGGAAAGCCAGAGAGUUUCGCGUGGAUUGGACUGAAGGUGCUCGACGGGAAGCGAGUGUGGGCCGACGGGAGUGAGGACGACUUUGUGAGAUCGGAUUCCAUGAAUGAUUUGGCCAACUACGGGAUCUGUUCUGGAGAGAACCCAUCCGACUACCCGAUCCACCCUCUUCCAAAAAGCGACGAACAGCAACAAAGCCGAUACAUUUGCAAAAAGAGAUCUAAAGAUAAUGAA